AUGAGUCGGUGUUUUUCUACUUCUUCGGCGGCCACUCCACCACAAGCACCAUCAGGCGGCAAUGUUAACCUUCAGCGGCGCUGCUCAGUUGAUGCCUCUCCCGGGACUAACCCUUCCUUUCAGGCGCGCUCAAGUACUGAUUCUGAAUCCUCUUUCCUACCUGCUGGCCAGUUUGUAUGUGAGGAGGCAGAAACACAGCCUUUGCCGAUGUCUUUGGCUAGAAAUCUUUUAGAAACCGCUUUCUCAGAAAUCCCACUUCACCGAGAGCCACCGGGUCGUGGCCGGGCCUCACCUCCUGCCUCCAGCUCUGUAUCUGCAUCUCUUUCCAUCUCCCCUUCUCUUUCGCCAUCGCCAUCUGUCUCAGCCUCGGCUUCUUGUUCUAUGCCGCAGGUGACAAAUGAGAACGGUUACGUAAUGAACCCUCAGCCACUCGAUGUUAGGCGCGAUCAGGUAUGCAGCGUUUGA